AUGGCACAUGACCUACUUUCUCACAGAAAAACAAAAUCUUCUUUCAACCCAACACCAUUUAUGCCUACAAUAUCAAGUACAUUAAAUCAACGUCUACCUCCAAAACUCAUUAAUUUUAAACACAGCUUCCAAAACCAAGAUCUAGGCAUAGACUUAUCUAAUGCACGACACCGAUUUAAUGCAAAGCUAAAAAUGAAUUUAACACCGGGCUUCUUAAAGCAAAAAGAUCGAGCCAGAACGGCAUCACGGCCUCGUGGCCAAAAAGAAAUUUUGAUUUUGACACCAGAUAUUGGGACAAGUUUAACGAUAAAGCCAAAAUUAAACACUGGGCUUGGAUAUGUGAAAAGGUCGACGUCAAUUACUCCUGGAUCUUAUAGAAAGUAUAAAAUAAAAGAAUUUAAGCCUUUGUUUAUUCAUAGAGAAAGCAGAGAAAUUGAUAACUCGACUUUAGAUUUUACUGAGAGUAUGCUUAGCAGCCAAUAUUAA